CGUCAUGUAAUCGAACAAAAUGAUUCAUUUAAGUGGGCGUAUUCAUAGUGAUUUUGGAUGCAGUUUCAAUCUAUGCGCUUGUUGUCGAAAAUAUUCUGCAUCGAGAACGCAUCAUGAAAUAGGUGUCGAAGGGCAUUCCGGAGGUAAGAAUUUUUCAAAACGAAUUCAGAAUUCGAACAAUCAUGUUUUCGCAAUGUCUUGACAUUCUGAAGAAAGCAGAACAACCAGGGAGAAACGGAAGAAAUACAUACAACAAAAAUAAUAUGAAAAUUCCAAGGGAUUGAUACAUGAAGCGAGUCUAGUUUUCGAUCAUUUUUUCCUCGGAAUUAAUUAAAACCAACAUCAGAAAACUACACCUACGAAGAGAAAGAAAAAAAACAACAACCAAUUGCCAUCAAAAAUCAAUCAGAUACUCAGCAAACUAACCGAUAAGAUUUGAAGCAAAAGACGUAGCCCACUUGAAACCAAAUCGUUUUGAUAAAAAGAAAUAAAUCAUGACAAAAACAUGAAGUCUUCGGAACAAACCAAUUGUAAAUUACGUUAGUAAUAAAAUAAAAAAGUAUGUGUAAAGUGUUAGUUCUAAAGAAAAAUGGUAGAUAAAAUAAAUUUUAAAAGCAAAAAAUUUAAAUAAAAACAAAAAAUAAUAGGCAUAAACAUUGAAGAAAAAAAACACAAUGCUCUUUUUUCCCAGCGUUCAUUUUUUGCAUAAGAACUUCGUUGCAGGUGAAAAAAAAAUGUCAGUCAUCCAAUCAGCCAGUCAAUUAAAAAGUAAUUGCAGAUGAAAAUGAAUGUACAUAAUACUGGCUUGAUCAUUAUUAUAAAUUCAGAAUGAUGUUGAAAUCUCUCAGCGUUUGUCUCUGGAGUGUGUUGGGGAAAUCGACGACAUUUACUCUGCGAAUCAAAACGCCGAGCUAGUUAGUUGUUGUCGGACUUUUGCUCAAUGUGGACUGGUUGUGACAAAAAGGAUGGGUGAUUUAUAGAAAAAAAAACUACACAGUGAUAGAAACCAACAACUGUGUAUGUAAGAAUAUAGAAAUAUAAACAAAUCUUAGAGCAACGAAGCAACUGUGAAAUAUUUCAUUGACAUUGCUCAAUACAACGUGCUGAAAUAGUUUUGCACAAAUUCAAACCCGGAGAUAAAUAGAAACGAGCAUUUUCACGGAAUUUCAAACAAUUUUCGAAGAAAAAAAUAUUUUUAUUUGUAGUAUACGAGGAAAAGAGAAGGAAAAAAGCUAAAAGAGCAUAAAAAAGAAGAAAGAAUUGGUUUUUUGGAAUCAAAGAAAAAAAAUUCAUUGAAUUAUAAUGAACAAAGUGUCAAUGUGUCCACACUGUCGAGUUUAGUAUCCACAAAAUAGAGUCGCGUGUGUGUUGUAUAUAAGUUUUGUCCUCUAGAAAAAAGAAUACCAUUUACAUAUAUCUCUAUCGCCAAAGAGCAGCGUGAAUCUAUCGUGAAGAAGUGAACGAACAACAACAACAACAAAUAAAUUAUCAAAGUGCCUUCGCAUUUGCGUACGCGUUUGUACGUCACGUCUGAUAUCUAUUCGUCAUUGAUGUAAAUGACAUUAGUGUUAAUUUCCUAAGGAAAUUAAUGUGAUUAUACUCCGCGUUUUUUUUUUUGGUACAAAUUCGAAUUUAUCGCACAUUUUUUUCUCAUUCGAUACGUGCUCAAUGUUCAAAAACAUGGAUUUAGACAGUGACUAUAUAUUGAAUAAUAAUAACAAGAAAAGCGGUGCAAUCAAAUUGCAGAUUGUUCCAGCACAACCGAAGACACUAUCACAUCUGCCAUCACGGCCGCCCGUCGAUUUAGCAUUCCAUGACUUGGUGUACAGCGUGCGCGAGGGACGACGAAAUCAUGAAAAAGAAAUCUUGAAAAAGAUCAGCGGUCGAUUCCGUUCGAAGGAGUUGACGGCAAUUAUGGGUCCAAGCGGAGCUGGAAAAUCAACACUUUUGAACAUUUUGUCGGGUUACAAAUCGUCAAACAUCAAAGAUGGUACCAUCAAAAUGAACGGUCGUGAUCGAAAUAUCAGCCAGUUCCGAAAACUUUCCGCUUACAUCAUGCAAGAUAACCAACUACACGGAAAUCUCACGGUUGAAGAAGCAAUGACUGUUGCCGCCAACCUCAAACUGAGCGUUAAAGUGUCGAAAAGUGAUAAAAAUGUUGUGAUCGGUGAAAUUUUGAACACAUUGGGUUUGCAAGAGCACCGUCGCACAUUGACACGCAAUUUGUCCGGUGGACAGAAGAAGCGUCUUUCAAUCGCUUUGGAAUUGGUCAACAAUCCACCGGUGAUGUUUUUCGAUGAGCCAACAUCGGGUCUGGACAGUUCAACAUGUUUCCAAUGCAUCAGCCUGUUGAAAUUUUUGGCACGCGGUGGCCGAACAAUCAUCUGCACCAUUCAUCAGCCAUCGGCUCGUUUGUUCGAAAUGUUCGAUCAAUUGUACACAUUGUCCGAUGGUCAAUGCGUUUAUCAAGGAAACACCAAACAAUUGGUGCCAUUUUUGAGUACAUUGAAUUUGGAGUGCCCUAGUUAUCACAAUCCAGCUAGUUAUAUCAUUGAAGUUGCCUGCGGCGAACACGGUGAUCACACCAAAAAAUUGAUGAACGCCAUUGAAAAUGGACGCAAAGACAUUCGCACCGAAACCGAUUUUGCCAGUUUGAAGAGCCGUUUUGAUAUCGCCAAAGUACACAAUUUGAAAGCGAAUCUAGACAAAAACGUUGCCACCAAUGUCACCGAGAAAUUCACCGACAACCUAAACUCCAACGGUUCCAACUUAUUGCAAUCGACUAUUAACGAUAUUGCCAAAGAAGACAAAAAUACUGUUGCCAUCCCAGUGGAUAAUGAAAAAGACAUCGAUGAAGUUAACUCGGCUCUACUCGGUGGAGACGAAAUUAACUCGCCAGAACGCUAUCCAACAUCACAGUUCCGACAAUUCUGGACAGUGCUCAAACGUACACUUUUAUUCAGCAGACGUGAUUGGACAUUGAUGUACCUUCGUUUAUUUGCACACAUUUUGGUCGGUUUCUUGAUCGGAGCUCUCUAUUACGACAUUGGUAACGAUGGUGGCAAAGUUUUGAGUAAUUUAGGUUUCCUCUUCUUCAACAUGUUGUUCUUGAUGUACACUUCCAUGACGAUCACAAUUCUAUCAUUCCCUCUUGAGAUGCCUGUGCUGCUAAAAGAAAAUUUCAAUCGCUGGUAUUCGUUGAAAUCAUAUUACCUGGCAAUCACUGUGUCUGAUUUACCAUUCCAGUCGAUAUUCUGCGUGGUUUACGUGUCAAUCGUAUAUUAUUUCACAUCGCAACCGCUGGAAUGGAAUCGAUACUUUAUGUUUUUGGCGGCGUGUCUGUUAAUUUCGUUCGUGGCGCAGAGUGUUGGUUUGGUGGUGGGCGCUGCAAUGAAUGUACAAAAUGGUGUUUUCUUGGCUCCAGUCAUGUCCGUACCAUUCCUGUUGUUCUCCGGUUUCUUCGUAUCCUUCGAUGCCAUUCCAAUCUACUUGCGCUGGAUCACCUAUCUGUCAUACAUCCGAUAUGGAUUCGAAGGCACUGCAUUGGCCACCUACUCGUUUGGUCGCGAAAAAUUAAAGUGCCAUCAAACGUAUUGCCAUUUCCGUUCGCCCGAAACCACAUUACAGGAAUUGGACAUGCUUGAUGCUAGCUUUACACUUGAUAUUGUUGCCUUAGUAGUAAUUUUCGUGAUUUUACGUGUAUGCGCAUACAUUUUCUUGAGCUGGAAACUUCGCUCAUCGCGAUAGGGUCGACAAAUGCCAGCCAAACCAAAAUGCGAUGUUACAACAACAACAAAAACGAUGGAAAGGCCGAUUUUUUUGUGUUUUUAUGUAAAAUGUAAAAUUAUUUUAUUCUAAAAGUAGGUUAAGUAAGUGGAAAAAACACAUAGACAAUUCGUGUGUGUUUUUUUUUCUGGUGAUUUUCGUUUUUCAAUUGUAUAAAUGUGGGCACAACAUGUUUUGCAUUGCGCCAAAAUCAAUUUAGAGAGAAUUUGAAUGUAAAAUGGUUGAAUUUAAUGAAUAUAUGCUCAAAAUUGGGAACUAAUUUCAAAUGUAAAGUUACCGCAAUAUCGAACGAAUUUAACUCGGAACAACAACAACAACUAUAGCAAAUGAAAUGAAGAUAUUUUCGAUUUUCCAGCACACAUACAAACAAUGUCUGAAACUCUUGCCAAAAUUCUUUUUCUACUCUGCCCCCAUCUGUAAGCGACAUUUAUUUAUAUACACAGUAGAAUAAAAAACAAAAGAUUUCUAGACUUGCUAGAAAACAAAAUGAAGAAGCAAGAACAUGUUUUUUGAUAUUUACAAAUGAUAAAUUAUAAUGACGUAAAAAAAAAAUCGAUGAACAAUAAAAUUUGGAAGACAACAAAGAACGGUUAUUGUGGCCCAGUUUAAUGAAUGAUAUUCAUGUUCAACACAUAAUUCUGUCCAUUUUUUCCUCUUUUUCUAAACCUAUACGAUAUGAUAUUGCCAACAUUGACUCUAUGGACUAUAUUUAUAUGCAGAAAUGGCUAGGAAAAUAACAACAACAAUCAACCGCUUUUUGUAUCGAGUCGACUCAUAUGUCAGUUGCUGGAAUAUAACCUUUGAAUUAAAAAAAAAACUAUCUAGUGCAAUGGCGCAAGCGUUCAAGACCAAAAUAUGUGCUUUCUUUUUUCAAAUGUUAGAAAUGAAAUGAAACAAAUGAAAAAAUUGAGUAAAAAAAAUCAAAAAUUGAUUCGAAUGAUUGAUAUUUACACACAUUCACACAAUAAGAGAAAUAAAUGUAAAACGGUUCUAGGAUAUUUAUACGAUUUUAUUCUAUUUACGCAACAACAAUAACAACAACAAAAAAUACACGAAUUUCUACUCUUUUUGUACGAUUUAAAUGGUGGCUUAUUUGUUGUUCUUUCUCGUUUUUUUUUUUUAAGAAAACCAAUUUGAGAAAUCUUUUUGUCAAUUCAAGGCACAUUUGAUCCGAACUAAAAAAAACAACAAAUUUUUUCGAUCAAAAUAAAGUGAAAUUAUUUAAAUGUAA